GCCCCCGUGCACUUGUCCUUUUAUUCUAAUUGGUCCGACACGGUGUGUAUGCUAAUUCGCAGUGACCACUGCACCUGACUCUCUCUACUCCACUGAAGAAUGCAAGGCAACAGACAGCCUCCAAGUAACAGCUAUUUAUUCAACAGGUCAUCAUAAUCAACGAGCGCUCACUUGUUACAUUAUAACUCAGAGCUUUAUGAUAAAGAUGCCAAGGUCCUUUCUGGUGAAGAAACAUCUCACUAAUAAGAAGCCAAACUAUGGAAUUCUGGAUUCAAAAGCAGACGGUACAGUUAACUUUUAAAAUCGACUUAAAUUAUACGUUUCUGUCGUUGUGUUGUAUAUUCUCAUCUAGUUCUAUAAAAAAAUACCAAUGUGAUUACCUUUGCUAUUUUGUCUGUUGGCUAGAACUUGCAUUAUUUCAGAAAAAAACUAUGAACUUAUCAUUAUAUAUUAUAUUUUAUUCCAUUCAUAGCCCAUUUUAAAAAUGAUUUUUAUUUUUGCCUUGAGUAAUUGAACACACUAGGCCUAUAACUCAAACAAUAUGAUUACAGCAUAGUCUAAAAUUAUGUUAGUUAUAGGAAAGUAAAUAAUGAUGGAUUGAACUGAUGCCUUGGAAUAGGAUACAACAAAUGCGGUUUUGUAGUUUAGCAGGUGCAAAAUCUGUCACACAAAAGAAGAGCUUAUUGUUAGUCCCUCCUUCUGGGAUCUGAAGGGUCCUAUUAAGCGCGUUCAAGAGGCUAAUGUAGUGCCCUCCGAGGCUCAUUUUACCCUGAAAUUUGCCUGGGUUUUGUUCCAAUUCACCCUUUAAAGCAAGCUAGCCUCCCACCCUCCUCUAUUUAACUGUCAAGAUUACCGUUAUAGAAGUGGAAAAGAAAAUUAAUGUGACUGAAAUCAGAUGAGUUUUUUUAAAAGGAAAAUAGAAUAGUUCCUGUUGGCUAUGCUAUGUGAAUGCAUUGGAACUUUGGAACUCUGUUACUUUGAGACUGCUCCUAAUAUUGUAAAUGAAUGUAAAAUGUUUAACUAUAUGUUUUAACGUAUUACUGAAUCCUACCUAAUUGUUAUCAUAGAGCAUGAUUAAAACAUUUGAGUGUACUUGUAAAACAGUUUUAACAUAAAAUGGUGUUUGUGUCAUUACAGCUUUCCACACCAGCCUGGUCCAGCCUGAGGUACCAAGUUACAUCCCCAGCAGUCCUCAGACCCUGGAGGGUUGGCUGCCAGGACCAAGUCUCAUCCCCACACCAGCCUCCAUGCAUUCUCCACAGGUAGACAGGCUGUCUUUAAGGGACACAAGCUUGUCCCUGCAUAGCUCAACACAACAAAUCACCUACCCCCUGUCAGUGUCUCACAACAAUCCACUAAGAGACUCACACUCCGGUCUUGAGCCCCUGGGAACCAUGGAACCCCAGACCUUCCUGCCCUCACAGGACUUCAGACACCUGCAGGAGAGGGGCAGCAUGCCUAAUCCCCUCCUGGGCCUUGUCCACUCUGGUGUUAGUCAGGAGCGCUUUGAAUGCUUCGACUGCCACAAAGCCUACUUCACCUUCUCUGGGCUGGCCAAGCACAGGCAGUUGCACUGUGAGUGGCAGUGUCACAAGUACUUCAGCUGCAAGUACUGUGACAAGGAGUACGUGAGCCUGGGAGCUCUGAAGAUGCACAUCCGAACACACACUCUGCCGUGCGUCUGCAAGCUCUGUGGGAAGGCCUUCUCCAGGCCUUGGCUGCUCCAGGGACACAUUCGCACACAUACAGGUACGGCCGGAGUAAUGUACAGCCGGCAACAGUUUUUACCUUUAUUCACCAGUUUCAUGAAUUGAGCUUGACUUCACAUCGUCCCGUAUUCAGUUACCCACUAGGGCUCUGAGUUGAUCAAUUCCUUUUUUCAGGUGAGAAGCCCUUCUCCUGCCCACACUGCAGCCGGGCGUUUGCUGACCGCUCCAACCUCCGAGCACACCUACAGACACACUCUGACAUCAAGAAAUACCAGUGCAAGAGCUGCUCCAAAACCUUCUCCAGGAUAUCUCUGCUCUCCAAGCAUGAAGAGGCUGGCUGCUGCCCACUGUCCUGAUGCCAUUUACUGCCUGUGCUGCCCACUCUGUGCCUGUUGUCUAGACUAUGUCUGGUUCUACUAAUACCCUCACAAAGCACUGGAGAUAAACUACUAUUCGUGACACAGAGCUCUGACUACUGAAUGUUUUUGGUCUCUGACAUUUCAGGCUCAUGAAAUAAGCUCAGUGGACUGUCCAAAGACUGUAUGUCAUAUAUUUGAUAUAUGAAGUAGUUUGACAUCAAGAAAAAAUUAGAAAAGUUAUUGGAUGCUGCCAAAAAUACUUUAAAUGCCUUGAAGUUUUUGAUUGUGUUAUUGAUGAUUACCUGUGCCUUUUGUGGAAAUGUAUAGCUGGAGUAUACAAUUUUGUAUGGACUUUGUUUAAAAACAAUACAUAUUUUUGUACAAUUGCCUUGUAUUAUGCCUAAAUAUGAAAACAUGCAUCAUCAUGGGAGACAUGAACCACUGAGAGGAAAGCACAAGCCCUAGUCUAAGUCAAGAAAUAUUGAAGAAACCCACUUUUCUAAAAUCAAAACGAAGACUGAGUGACUGCUGAAGAGUACACAAGUAGAGUAUUAGAACUAAAUGUUAGCGCUUUCCUAUCAGUGACCCAGCCCGUUCCUACUUUACGACCAUUUCUUGGCAUUGUGAGAUCACUGGCAUACUGUAAAUAUCAUCAUGGGCGCACAGGAAACUGGAGAAUAAAGCGAUUAGGAUAAACAGAAAACAGUGUGGGUGACAUUCUGGAAGUGUUCUUGUGACACCCCUAUCCCCAGGCAGGAUCUCUUCGGGGUCUCUGAGACUGGAGCAUUUAAAUCACAUUCCCCCCCCCCCCCUCAGCUAAUUAAUGUAUUUU